AUGGACUCCACCAACCUCAAAACCGCCUCGAGCUACCUCAACAACCUCCUCCUCGCGCGUGGUCUCCUCCGCGAUGGCAACACGAUUCCCUUCCACCGGCCCUCCAAAGCCUCCGGCGGCGCCGAGGCAACACUGGCGCAAAUCAUCAACCUCGUGCACGACCUGAUCCUACGGCGCGAUCGCGACCUCGAACUCACAACAACCCACACCUCCACGAUCCACACCCUUCGCGUCGAAGCCGCCCGCAGCGCCACGACCCUCACCCGCCUCCAAACCCGCACUGACGACCUCGCGCGCCAGCUCUCUAUAGCGCAGUCCCAGGAGCGCGCCGCCCGCGCCGCUGCCCGUACCGCCGAAGCUUCCGCCCGCGCCCUCCGCGACGAGAUGGCGCGACUAAAAGCCAGCGUAGCCCAGAUCCGCACCGCGUGCGCGAACGAUGUGCGUAAGCGCGACGUGCAGAUCCAGCGGCUGAAGGGGCACCUCACGAUGCAGCAGCGAGGGAACAGGGCUGGGUUGGUCGGGGCGAGCAUUACGAUCACGCCGGGGGUGACAGGGAUGGGGGCUGGGAGUGGGAGGGAAGAGGAGGCGGGGAAAGCGUCAGUCGGGACGGAGGAUCCGGCGUAUAGUCUCCGCCAGGAGACGACGGAGUUUUUGACGCAGUUGGGGCAGAGUCUGAGUGAUGAGAAUGAUGCGUUGAUUGGGUUGGUCAGGGGGGCGGUGGUUACGCUUAAGGAGCUGCAAGGGAUACCGGAGGCGGGGACGAGAGAGCAGACGGUGGAGAGUACAGCUGGAGCGGAUGGGAUAAACGGAGGUGGUGAGAUGCUGUGCGCGCUGCCGACGUCCUACGAUGCGCUGGCGGCGGAUUUGGGUGGUGUUUUGGAAAACCUGAAGAUGUUGCUCACGAAUCCAAAUUUUGUGCCUUUGGAUGAGGUGGCGGUCAGGGAAGAGGAGAUUGCGAGAUUGAGGCAUGGCUGGGAGAAGAUGGAGGCAAGGUGGAAGGAAGCGGUUGGCAUGAUGCAGAGCUGGCAGGAGAGGAUGAGGAGUGGAGGCGACACUGUCACUCUUCAUGAUCUCAACCUGGGCCUGGGGCUGGAUGAAGAGCCGAAGUCUGCGAGCGCCGUGCAGGGUGAGGUAGAAGAGGUCUCGAGGGACGAAUUGCCCGACUCAGCCGAUGCCGAAGAAGCAGACAUGGACGGUGAAGAGAUGGAGGAGGCAGACGAUGACGCGCUGUCCGGGCACGAAGAUGCCGCUGAGACCAACGUCGAAUUGCAAGCAGACGAGACACUGCCGCCGGAUGACCAACGAGCGGACAAGAACCAUGAUGAUGAUGACAUGUUCAACCUCCACCUACCUCCAGAACCCCAACCACUUCAAGAGGGCAGCGGCAACACCAGAUCCCCACGCAAAGUCGCAUUCGCGCCAUCGCACCCAAACACGCCCCUCCAACACGCCGACGAGAACGCCUCAUCACAUGACCUACCAUCCACAGGCCUAAAGCCGCCCCCAAGCGCAGAGCCCCAGUCCACCAGGAGCGCAGACAGAUCCUCGCGAUCACAAUCCUCAAGAAAAGUACGUCUCACGGGCAUGGACAUCAUCCUGUCCCCCUCCGACAUCUCUAUAUAUAUUGACCCGCUACAGGCACUCAAACGGCUCUCGUCGCCGCACGCGCACGCAGAGGAGCGCUCGCCGAAGCUCACGGUGCAGGAGAAGCUCAACGUGGCGCAGGCUGAGGCUGAGGCGGCCGCUGCGGCUGCUUUGGCAAGCGUGCCUGAGAGGGAGAUCGUGAGCGGGGAAAAUGGAAGCGCGAGGGGUAUGAGGUCGCCGAGGAAGACGAGGAUUACGGGGAGGCCGAGACGGAGGAAGAGUACUCUGACGCCGGAGGAACUGGAGAAUUUGCUUGUGGGGUCGCCGUGA